CCUGACUCGAGACGGAACCCCAAUAUCGCCCAAUAUGGCAUGGGUUUCACGUGAUGCGUUACCGGGACGACGGGGGCAUGAUGUUUAUCGAUAAACUUGUUGGUAAAAGAAACUCCACUCCUUUUUGAAUCCUACGCAUAUCCCUCACCACCAUCGACGACCCCCGACCGAACAAAGAUACAACACUGACCUUCACCUCGCGAAAAUUGGACUUCUGUGGCUUGUAAUUAGAACACAUAUUCAAGAGACCGUGUUUGGACGCAACUAAAUCAAUCUACCUCGCCGCCAUGGCGGCCCAAGAAGAAAUUGUCGACUUCGACAUCAUUGAAAACCAAAAAGAGAAUAUUCAAUCCUUGCCGGGUGGUCGCUCAGCAAAAGAGCUAGCUCGAAUCUUUUCGCCAAGAGGCUCCGAAGACAAGCUAUAUUCUCCAUCGCCGAACGAAACGAGGACCGUUAACGAUGCCAUCAGACAAGACUACGAAGCAGAACUGCAGGUAAUAGGAGAAUCAGACGAUCCGCUCGAUAUUUACGACCGCUACGUGAAAUGGACUUUAGAUGCAUACCCUUCUGCACAGGCCACCUCUGAAUCAGGUCUUCUCCCAUUGCUGGAACGCGCAGUGAGAUCAUUCCUGAACUCGCCUCAUUAUAAGGACGAUCCUCGCUAUCUUCGCUUAUGGAUCCAUUACAUCAGGCUUUUUUCUGACUCACCGAGAGAAACGUUUGCGUUCUUGGCACGACAUCAUGUUGGAGAAGGGCUCGCGCUAUUCUAUGAGGAAUUCGCUUCCUGGCUCGAAGGUGCAGGAAGAUGGACGCAGGCAGAUGAAGUGUAUAGACUUGGUGUUGACCGGGAGGCUCGCCCUGUUGAACGACUGGUUCGAAAGUAUCGUGAAUUCCAACAACGUUAUGAGCAGCGAACACAAGACAAUGGGCCGUCCUCUCCUGCAUUGCCUGUUGUCCGACCAGCACUGGCUGCCAAGGUCGACCCAUUCUCUGCCGCGACAGCUUCGUCACCAGUUCCCCAGGAGCAACGGCGAGCCCCAGCCGCAGGGUCGGCCCCAAAGACCAAGUCUGGGAAGCCGAAAAUGACAAUCUUUUCUGACGCCGAUUCACCAAGCCAGCCCGCCGUUUCGGAACAGCCCAAGGGAUGGAACAGUAUUGGGUCGAUGCAUGAACGCCGGAAAGAAAACAGGAUGGAGGCAAAACCAUGGGCUGGGGAGACACUCAAGGCUGGAAAGAAGGCUGCCCCGAAGGAGAAGAUGACGAUUUUCAGGGAUGAGUCAAAUCAAAGUUCACAUCUGAAAGAAUCAAUGCAAUCAAAGCAAAUUCCAGAACAUCGUGUAAGGGAAGCGAUAAAUCCGCGUACUGGAAGACGGGAGCGUGUCUUCGUCAAUCUUGAUGCAGUGUACCCUGACCAUACGAACCCAAAAAUUGAGGUCAGUUUCGAAGAGCUUCGAGCCAUGCAUCGUGGCUGGAUGGACAAGAAGUGGUUACCCCACAAAGAACCUCUGAGGCAGAUAUCUGGAAAUGAAAAAUUUAUUGGAAUUGAUCCAGCGAAGGCGCUGCCAGCGGAGUUUGAUGAGAAGCUGACCAUCAAGGACACCGGCCUAUCGGCACAGCAGCAAGUCGCUGAUGCUAAUGCUCACCACGAGGGAAAGGCUAGUAAAUCCCGGAAAUUGAAGCUUCGCGAAGUUAAGGGAGAGACGCAGACCGUCAAGAUGAAGUUUGAUUCCCCGACUGGAAGCAAAGUUCGUCGCAAGAGCACUGCUGAACCAACAAUGACAAUCCAUACUCGCGCUGCGACGGAUGAGAUUUAUAGUAUUUUCAACCAGCCACUCAGGGCAGAGACUGAGGUAGCCGAAAGUAGCGAUUUUGAUGAUGAUGACUAUACAAGUGCCGGAGAGAGCACCGUAACAGGACACAUAUCGGCCGCCUCCAGCGAUUUCGGUGACGAUGAAACUACGUUUCACAAGUCCUUUGAUGAAACUGUUGGGGAUGGUUUUGACGAUAACACGAGGGCUGAGAGUUUUGUAGACGGUGAAUGGACACAUUUCUCUGCUGCAGGUGAUUUAGCUGCUCUUCAUUCACCGAGGUUGACAUCGAAUCAACACAUAGAUGACGAGGACAACAUCGACAUCAAUGAUGCUGAAGUCAAACAAAAUAGGCAGCGGUUUAUACCAGAAAUGCCCGACGACUAUAAUCCACCAUAUGGCCCUUACCGAGACCCUGCUAUAGUUGCCCAGAAUCGCUUACCAUUCAUGACGCCGAUCGUGGAGCAAACCGAGUAUUCGCUAUCCAUGACGGCCGCCAGGAACCAGCUAUACAAUGCGAAAACACCAUCUAAGCCUCGAAUGGGGGAUCUUCUGGGAAGUCCACUAAUUGAGGGAACUCCUCCUCAAGCAGACAACACCAUUAGCCUACCGGAAGAUGUUGCUCUGAGUCCCACAGCAAAGAAAGCAUUGUCUAGCGUCAAAUUGUCAUCACCUUUUGGACGUAAACAUCGACAGGGCCCGAUCAUCCCAGAUGCACAGUGCAAUCCUACGGACAAGGUAAUCCGGAACACAAUCCUUGCAGCGUUAGACCCACCACUUGCUUCCUAUGCAGGAUAUCAUGAUCAUAUGGAAACGGAGGCUCAUUAUGCCUCUGAUAUUCAAAAAUUUAUGAAGACUCAAACAAAGCGUUCUCGAAGCGGUGACGAAGCAUCGUUUGAAUUGCCGAUCCUUGAACUUCCCGGCGCGGAGAGAAGCUAUAUCAUCAGACGCGAGCUUGGAGCUGGUGCAUUUGCACCUGUAUAUCUAGCGGAAAGUAUCGAUAAUUUAGCCUCUGAUUCUGAAUCUGAAGAUAGCACCAGCGGAGGCUCACAGCUGGCCCACAGUGACAAAUCGACACUGCACAAGAAGGCUCGUUAUGCGUUUGAGGCAAUCAAAAUGGAAGUCGGCCCUCCAAGCCCUUGGGAGUUCUAUAUGAUUCGGACUGUGCAUAACCGCUUGAAUCAACGACCGGAGUUAAUGCGUUCCCUUGACAGUAUAAUCGAUGCUCACGAGCUGCAUGUGUACAAAAGGGAAAGCAUUCUUGUUGAAGACUAUCGCGGCCAAGGAACUUUGUUGGACCUUGUCAAUCUCGUCCGAAAUGAGCAGAUUACAAGCGGCCAUGCAGAAGGAGGCUUAGAUGAAGUCCUUGCCAUGUUCUUUACCGUGGAAUUAUUCCGCACCGUAGAGGCGCUUCACUCAUGCGGUGUACUGCAUGGGGACAUCAAAGCCGAUAAUUGCCUUGUCCGGCUCGAGGAGAAACCAGAACCUCUAUCACUCAUCGAUCUCGGGGAUGAGAACUCUUACGAACCACGCGAAAUGCACUACUCCCCUCGAGGCUCAUACGGUUGGCGCAACAAAGGCCUUUCUCUCAUCGACUUCGGUCGUGGUAUAGACAUGCACGCAUUCCAGCCAUCAGUUCAAUUUGUUGCUGACUGGGAGACCAAAAAGCAUGAAUGUAACGAGAUUCAAGAGAUGCGGCCAUGGACCCAUCAAAUCGACCUUUAUGGACUUGCAGGUACUGUCCAUGUCAUGCUUUUCGGAAAGUACAUCGAGUCCUCUCCUGUGCGUCAAAGUGAAGGGGCAUACCCGGAUGCCCCUCGAACGUAUCGAAUUCGAGAAUCAUUGAAACGGUACUGGGAGCGGGAGAUUUGGAGCGAUGUCUUUGAUCUCCUCCUGAACCCUGGCGCAGAACGAUGGGCUCAGAUGGAGCUCGAGGGAAACAACAACCCGGCUGCAACACUGUUCGACGAAAAUACACUCAGCUCCCCUAUUUUCCCCGUUGUUAACUCUAUGAGAUACGUUCGAGAGAAGAUGGAAGGAUGGCUAGUCGCCAAUGCAGAGAAGAAAGGUCUCGGUCUCCAGCUUCGAAAGCUUGAGGCCAUAUUUUCCGAGAGAAAAAAGAAGCUUGAAAGAUCAUGAUCUCUUUCAGCACAAUGAUAUCUUCCUGGCACUCUGUAUCUAUCUUCUAACGAUUGCUUCAUGAUCCAUGAUCCUCUAUAUCUCUUAUCCCUCAAGCGUUGGCGUUUUGGUGGAAGGGCAGACUUGAUGUCCCCCUAUUUGGCGUGUACUUAAUAUCACUUCUUGACCAUAUUCUAAUACAUAUCAAAAUCGGUUAAUG